ACGGCGGACAGACGUGUUGCGGGACGUCCCAGUACUGAGGUCUAGGCGCUAAUUUACCUGAGGCACGCGUGCUUUGGACGCUAUUUUCCUCGUGGACGAUAUUCGAAGUUGCCGACAGGAUGAAAACGGUCGUCCUCCUGGCAUUCAUUUUGGCGGUGACGCGAGUGAGCGCCUCCAUUCUCCAUCCCGUCCUGCCGUCCAUUCUUCUGUCGACGGAUGACCAUGAUGGGAAGGAAGCCACAAAUGAGGAGACAGACAGUGAUUCUGUGCUGGUCCGACACAAACGUCAGGAUGCUGCGGCUGAAGAAGGUGCGAGUGCCAUUCCUGAUGUCCCUUCCAGUGGAGGAUCCUUAGAUAUUCCUCCACCCUUAGAGCAGGAUCCCUCAUUAUCUCCAACACUGCCACCAAUACCAGAGCCCAAAGCACCAACUGAAGCACCUCUCGUUACUGAGAGGCUGACUGAACCUCCUGAACCAGAGACAGAGAGGCUGUUGCCAACUGUUCAGACUAGUAGCCGCCAACUGGACGGCGAGCCACCAGCUGAAGAGUUGUGUGAAUUUGGUUCGAUGCCUGACGUAAACCUGUGCAAGUGGAGUAACCUUAAUGUUACUCAGCUAAAAUGGAUUGCUUCUGCUGGUCGGAAUGCUUAUUGGUUGGGAGGACCCAAAGACGAUGUCACUUAUGGUGAUGCUUAGGUAAGUGGCUACGCCAUGUUUGAAACCUCUCAAAUUCCCAAGAAGUCAAACCAAGGGCCCACAUUUGAGUCUGCAAUGCUAAUGUCACCAGUUCAAACAUCAACAGGGGCCACUGGCAUGUGUGUUAAGUUUUGGUACUCUAUUUCUGGGUUGAGUCCAAACAGGGUACGGGUGUUACUUCACCCUAUGCCUGCUGACAUGAAGAACGAUGACAAUGUGGCUGAUAUGAUGAUUGAUUAUGAUGGCAGUGGUGAUGUUGUUCUUUGGGAGGCAAGAGACAUGACCAUGGGAACAUGGAAAGAAGGCCAAGUUGUUUAUACCUUUGAUGCCCCACACACAGUGAUCUUUGAAGGAAUCCCUGUAGACAGCAAUGAUCUUAGCAGGAGGUUCCGUGGCUACAUAGCUCUUGACGAGCUGGCCUUCGCUCCAUCUGCUCAGUGUGGAGCAUUUUGCACCUUUGAGGGUGGCACCUGUGGUUGGACCCAAGAUGAUAAAGAUGACUUUGAAUGGACACAGAGCCGAGGUAGUUUAAACCCUUCCACAGGACCACCAAGAGAUCGUUCUUCUUUUGCAAACAAUGGAAUGAUGGGUGGCUAUGCUUUUAUCGACUCCAGCUACCCCAGAAGGCCUGGAGACAGGGCACGACUGAUGAGCCAGGAGUUCCAAGGGACCAAUCCAGACAGUCCACUCUGCAUGCGGUUCUGGACCCAUAUGUACGGGAACGGAAUCGGAUCGUUACGUGUUAUCAUUUACGACGUCAACAGCAAAAAGGAUGAGGUUAUUUGGAGCAUUACUGGGGAGGCUGGCAAUGCUUGGUACCAAGGUCAGGUCCCCAUCGCUUCACCCACACCCUUCAAGAUUGUUUUUGAAGGUGUCAUUGGCAAUAACAACCUAGGAGAUAUUGCAAUCGAUGACAUAUCUAUAGUGCAAGGAGCAUGCCCAAGUGCUCCCCAAGUAGCUGCUGGGAACAACGGUGAUUGUACUUUUGAAGUAGACGAAUGCGGUUGGACCAAUCCUGGACCGAGGGAGCGUGUGGAUGAAAUGGACUGGGUCCGCUCUGUGGCCGGUGACAACAGAGCUCCAGCCAGAGAUCACACCAUUGGAACUUCCCAAGGUUUUUAUAUGGUGCUUCCAAGGGGGUCUGUUCAGAGAGGCGGUGACCGAGCUUGGCUAGUCUCUGCAUCUAUUCCUGGGAAGGAUGAAGCAAUGUGCAUUGCAUUCUGGUACUUUUUGUAUGAGCCUUUUAUUGAUCCAGCUGGACCUUCUCUGGGAUCCCUGACGCUUUACGCUCAGUAUAUUGAUGAUAAGCAAAUGCCAGUUCUGGAACCAGUUUGGUCUCUGAAAAAUCCAGGUCCUAACUGGCUUUAUGGCCAAGCUAAGGUUAAGAGCAAGAAAGACUUCCAGCUGGCAUUUGAGGGGAUGUGGGGCAGCAGUCGAGGCAAUGGAUACAUGGCUCUAGAUGAUAUUACUCUCUUCAUGGGUGACUGUUCAACAAUGCCUACAAAAGCUACAACAAUGCCCCUUGACUGCGAUUUCCAGCGAAGUGUUUGUCAGUGGACAAAUACUACGACGGACUCUGAUUUCAGGUGGACCACUGCUUCCAUCUCGAGACGCCCAGCCAAUCUGCCAGACCAUACUUUUAGUGGCCCAGUUGGUUAUGCCUACUUCGAUGUAUUCAAUCAAAAUGCGCGUCCUCAAACUCUUACUUUUAUGUCACCACCGAUGGAAAAGCCUGCUGAUAACCAACCUAUGUGCUUGACUUUCUGGUUUGCUUACUUUGGAGCGGGAGAUACAACCCAGCUGAAGGUCCAUCUUGAACCGUAUGACAAGAACGCCGAAGAAGGCAAGCAGGGUGGUACUCCUACGGAGUUGUGGUCUCUGGAAGCUUUAAACAUUGGAACACAAAGACCAGACUGGAGUUUUGGACAAGUGAAAGUGAUGCCUACAGGAAGCUACAGAGUAUCCUUUGUAGGUAUGGCAAGUAAUGGUGGUUUUGCCAUUGAUGACGUGAAGGCUUACCAAGGAGAUUGUCAAACUCGUCCAACAACUGCUGCACCCACUAAAGACGGAGGAAAAGACAGCGGUACCAGCGAUACUGGGACAAAUGAGAGUGACAAUCCACUUAUUGGACCAAAUUAGUCAUGAUGAGGUGUGUGGAGAAUGAAGAUUACAACUGAUGAAAAAUGUGCUAUGUGCUCAGGUGCAUCGGUUGAAUCCAGAUAAUUUUUGCAUUCCAGUAGUUUGACGAUGUUCCUAGGCAUAUUGCUCGUUUGAUAUUUAUUCAACGGAAAAUACUAUUUUUGGAUUUCAAACUCGUGCAUCAAAGCUUGCUGUCUAUACAGGCCAUUUCAGAAUAUUUGAACAGCAACUGAUAUUCACACUGGUCAUUUAUUUGCUAUAUUUUCAGAGCCUAAAUGUACAGUUGUUAUGAAACGUUUUACGGGGAUGCUGCAUUAGCAAUGAGAUGCUGCACAAUUUAAAGUAUCAAAGAAAACAGGAUGAUAUAAUGAGCGCUAGUCUAGUACCAGUUAUGUCAUGAACAUGUACAGUAUUCUUUAGUCUGAAUUUUACUAUUGGUUUUGUACCAGUUGUAUAUUUAGGACAAUGGAAACUGUGCCUUUAUAUGUUUUGUUUGAGAAAAAAUUCCAAAUAGUACAAUAUCUAUUAAACUUGUAAGUAUGGGAGCUUUAAUGUUAAUCUAAUAGUAGAUGCUAUGGCACAAAGUGUCCCUUUUAAUUAACUAUGUAGGAAACUAUUUAUCUGGUUGCACAAAGCAAGACUUAAUAAUUAUUUGUCAACUAGCAAGCACUCGGAUUUCAUGGAACUGAGCUUAAAGGAUCCUACGUAUCUCAGAUUUCAUGAAUAUUUUGAAAAGUUUUUAUAUUCUUAUGCCAUAAAUUAAUUUUCUAGAACUGAAGCAGUAUACAGAAAUAUAUAAUAUGUGACAACAGAUUUUAAAGUUUAGGAGCAGAUCAACCGGUGGUUGUUCAUGAAGUGGAUGAACUGGAACAAUCAUAUGGGCACUUUCCUUUCACUCUUUCCCAGAAGGUAAAAGCUAUUCAGCAAUUUGUGAACUUUUGCAUCUUAAACCUUUCAACGGUAGUUCUUUAUUUAAUAUGUCUAGAAUUUUGAAUGUGUAGAUAUCAUUUAAAAUUUUUUCAAUGGUAAUAGUUUAUAUAUA